CUGAUCUCCCUGAUACAAAUCAGAAGAGCUUCCUCAAUUUAGUCUGUAGCUCAGUGUACUCUUAACUGCGACCAUGUCUUUUCUGGACACUCUGCGCCUUUGGGACGAGGCUGUAACUUGUGUUGACAGACAGGAUUUGACAGAAGCACUCAGGAUUUUCCUGUCUAUCCAAGAACCAAACUCCAAAAUUUGUUUUGACAUUGGCUGUCUCCAUCUUCUUAACCAAAACCUGGAUGAUGCUGAAAAGGCAUUUGAUUGCAGCAUACGCAAGGACGAGCAUUUGGCUGUUGCCUUCUUUCAAAGAGGAAUCACGUUUUACAGAAAGAAGAGGUAUGAGGAGAGUUUAGCUGAUUUCCAGCAUGCCUUCAAAAGACUAAGAGGCAACCAGCUGAUAGAUUACAAAGCACUUGGUCUCAGAUACAAGUUAUAUGCAUGUGAGAUUCUCCACAAUAUGGCUCUGGCUGAGGCUCAGCUGGGUAACUGGGAAAAGGCUCAGGAACACCUUGUGAAGGCUCUCGACUACAAGACAGACGUCAAGCUCAAUAUCAUCGACAAAGCUCUGCAAUCCACCCUGAAACAGAAAAUUUUCAAACCAGUCGAGUUCCCAUCAAAAGUGCUAUUUAAACCAAAUAAGCACUAUGUUGCUGAGCUGGAAAAGAAGGACUACCUUGGCAAAGCGAAGGUUGUUGCCUCUGUCGUUCCUCAGGAUGCCUUCUCAGGAUUUGCCCCUUUACAGCCACAGGUUGAAGAUGGUCCAAUUCUUCCUAAAGAACCUGAGGUUCUAAGAGCUUUAGAAGGAGAACCCCACACUGUCCUGUUUGAGUUUGAUCCUGAGACCAGUGAUGAGUUGGCUGUAGUGCCAGGCAAUAUUGUGUUUGUACUCCAGAAGGGUGCUGACAACUGGGCAUCUGUGAUCUUCAAUGGAAGAAAGGGACUUGUUCCUUACAAUUACCUGGAACGUUUGGAGAUCUCCAUGGCUUCUAAACAGAAUGAGGCCAUUACCCAUCAACAGGGAAAAUCUGAGCCUCCGACUCGAAAGGCGCCGACCAGACCUGAAAGGAAACCAGGUCUUACUCCUAGUGAUAGCAGUGGAGACCUCCAACGAAAGGAUACACAGUCUACCGACAAUUCAUGUAUUGUCAAAGUACGUUUCACAUUCAACUUUGCUGUCUCAGUACCACCUGGGUCACCCUACGCCAUACUGAUUGAGAAAAUCAGUAAGAAACUGCAUCUGCCUUCUACUGCAAUCACCUUGAGUAUAAACUCAGAGGCAACUGGACAAAUUGUAAUCAAUGCAAACACAGAAAUGGAAAAUGUGUGGAGUUGUGCCAGCGGCAGGCGCAUCACCUUAUGGUGUAACACCAAAGAGCAAACUGACGGAAAGCCAGAGAAUGAGAAUAAGACUCACUUGGUUGCACUUCAUUCCUACAAGUCGUCAAACCCAGAGGAUCUCAAUUUCGAAGAAGGCGAAACAAUAACAUUAAUCUCUAGAAUCAACAAGGAUUGGUUGGAGGGGCAAUGUGAUGGGAAUACCGGUAUAUUUCCAGCAUCCUUUGUGGAAGAAGUUCCUGAAUAAAUGUAAACAGAAAAGCUACUAAAGCCAGUUAUGUGGCCAAAGUUGAAAAGUGGUCAUGUAUAAUAAAAUAUAAGUAUUUUAUAUAAUAUAAAAUAUAACUAAAUUGAUUAGGAAUCAAUAACAGGUUACAUUUUGUGAUUUAGUAAGUAACACAAAAAUAAAAACAAGUGAUAUCUGGUUGUAUAUGAAAACAUUUAAUUAUUGUUUACAGCUUCCAGUUAUUAGAAGCAAUAUAAAUGUAAUAUCUGUAACUGCAGGCAGCCAUGAUUAAAUACAGUGUUGGAGACCUUGCAGAUUUGCUGGUAAAUUAUCACGAAGAUGUUCCUUCCUCUUCAUAAGCAAUAGGUAGGCCUCGCACGCCCUUUACUGCCUUCACCACAGGUGUCUCUCCCAACUUCUGCUCUAAGCCACGCCAGCUCCGUACUGCCAGGAAAGAUGCUGAGAAGAGAAAGCAUAUAUGUGUAAUGUAAUACAAGACAUGCGUAAGAGUGUUUUUUGUGUAAAACUGUAACAAGUGUGUUUUUUUUUUUUUGUAGUUAUUUUCAGUUAGAAUUACUGUAUGUGAGCAAAAUUCUGCAAUAAAUCUAUGGAUUGAAAUUAAA